UCUAUCCCGCAGCCAGGCCCGCGGUGCCCCACGACGAUCCCCCGGGUGCUGCCCCGCCCCCUCCGCAGGGAGGGCAGUCCGCCCACCGGCAGGGGGCAGCGCGGUGCGCAGAGGGCGCCUCUGUGCGCGCCGCCAGUGACCAGCGCGGAGUCGCCGGGAGACCGAGGUGCCGCCAUGGAACCGGGCGCUGCGGCCUGGGGCCUGCCCGUGUCUGGCGGGGGCUGCCCGGGGUCGGGCAGCUGCACGAGGGGCCGGGGGGCGGCGGCGCAGAGCGUGGCCGGCGCGGAGCUGCGUGCCGGGCGGCGGGAGCCCUGCGUGCUCAGCCUGGCUCGGCGGGGCGGCCGCUGCGGGAUACUUAUCCAGUCCCAGGAGAAGGACAGCUCCGUUCCGGAUUACAUCCCCAUCAACAGCCGAUUCAGAUGUGUGCAAGAGGCAGAAGAAACGCUGCUGAUUGAUAUAGCUGCAAACACAGGCUGCAAGGUCCGGAUCCAGGGAGAGGAGGCAGCGGAGCGGCUCUUUGAAAUCCCGGAUGAGGAGCAUUGCUUGGGGUUCCUGGCGGAGGUGCAGAGCAUCCAGGAAGCCCACCUGAAAGCUUCUCCUAUGGAGCCAAAGGACUCGUCCAGCUGGCAUCAGGUGGAGAAGAACCUCCCGGGCCUCUCCCAGGCCUCUUCUUCAGGGGCUCUGGGGUUUGAGGAUGACUUCACUGCUCUGAGCCUAGAAGAGAAAAGAAAUGGGCAAAACCACCAAGCAGGCUCUCGCCGGGAGCCCCCCCCACCUCCCGUGCCUCAGAACAGGCAAUUCCACCGAGAGAGAGACGGUUCAUCCAGAGACCAGCCAAAAGUGACCAACACGAUGCGCAAGAUGUUCCUGCCCAGCAGCCAGUCAGGGCAGCGGGAGGGGCUCAUCAAGCACCUGCUUGCCAAGAGGGAGAAGGCGUACGUCAACCUUCACAACUUCAGAUUUUUUGUGGGAACGUGGAAUGUGAAUGGGCAGUCUCCAGACAGUGGCCUGGAGCCCUGGCUGGUGUGUGACAUGGAGCCUCCAGAUGUCUACUGCAUUGGAUUCCAGGAGCUGGACCUCAGCACGGAGGCUUUUUUCUACUUUGAUUCUGUGAAGGAGCAGGAGUGGCUGGCUGCCGUGGAGAAAGCCCUGCACCCCCACGCCAAGUACAAGAAAGUGCAAAUGGUCCGUCUGGUUGGGAUGAUGCUGCUCAUAUUUGCAAAGAAGGAUCAGCUGAGCAAUAUCAGAGAGAUCGUGACAGAAUCUGUGGGCACGGGAGUCAUGGGGAAGAUGGGCAACAAAGGCGGCGUGGCCGUGAGGUUUGUGUUCCACAACACCACCUUCUGCAUCGUUAACUCCCACCUCGCCGCGCAUGUGGAGGACUUCGAGCGGCGGAAUCAGGACUACAAGGACAUCUGUGCUCGGAUGAGUUUUGUAACCCCAGAUGAGAGCCUACCUCACGUCAACAUCAUGAAACAUGAUGUUGUCAUCUGGCUGGGAGACUUGAACUACAGGCUUUGUCUCCCUGAUGCCAGUGAAGUGAAAAGUCUCAUCAGUAAGAACGAGCUUCAGAAGCUGCUGACAUACGACCAGCUGAAUAUUCAGCGCAUGCAGAAGAAGGCGUUUGCCGAUUUCACCGAGGGAGAGAUUAAAUUCAUCCCCACAUACAAAUACGACUCUAAAACAGACCGCUGGGACUCCAGUGGGAAGUGUCGUGUGCCGGCAUGGUGCGACCGGAUCCUGUGGAGAGGGGGGAGCAUCACCCAGCUCCGCUAUGGCAGCCACAUGGACCUGAAGACCAGCGACCACAAGCCCGUCAGCGCGCUCUUCCGUAUCGGGGUAAAGGUUGUGGAUGAGCAGAAGUAUCGCAAGUUGUUUGAAGACAUUGUUCGCUUAAUGGACAGAAUGGAGAAUGACUUCCUGCCUUCGCUGGAGCUAAGCAGGAGAGAAUUUGAGUUUCAGAACGUGAAGUUCCGUCAGCUGCAGAAGCAGAAGUUCCAGAUCACCAACAACGGGCAGGUCACCUGCCACUUCUCCUUCAUCCCCAAGCUGAACGACAACCACUACUGUAAGCCAUGGCUGCGAGCCGAGCCCUGUGAGGGUUACCUGGAGCCAGAUGAGAGCACAGACAUCUCCCUGGACGUAUACGUCAGCAAGGACUCGGUUACCCUCCUGAACUCUGGUGAGGAUAAAAUUGAGGAUAUUCUUGUCCUUCACUUGGACCGGGGGAAGGAUUAUUUCCUCACCAUCAGUGGGACCUACCUGCCCAGCUGCUUCGGCACCUCCCUGGAGGCCUUAUGCCGAAUGAGACGACCGAUCCGAGAAGUUCCAGUCACCAAACUCAUUGACCUGGGAGAAGACAGCUUCUUAGAAAAGGAGAAGUCUGUGCCUCAGAUGGGCUCUCUGGACAGCGAGGAGGACGGCGGGACGCUGCUGCAGGUGCCGAAGGAGGUGUGGCUGCUGGUGGAUCACUUGUUCAAGCACGCCUGCCACCAGGAGGACCUGUUCCAGACUCCAGGCAUGCAGGAAGAGUUGGAGCAGAUCAUUGACUGCCUGGACACCAGUAUCCCUGAGACAAUCCCGGGCAGCAACCACUCGGUAGCUGAGGCGCUCCUCAUCUUCCUGGAGGCGCUGCCAGAGCCGGUGAUCUGCUACGAGCUGUACCAGCGGUGCCUGGACUGGUCACACAGCAGCCGCCUCUGCCGGCAGGUGAUUUUUCAGCUGCCCCGUUGCCACCGCAGCGUGUUCCGGUACCUGAUGUCGUUCCUCCGUGAGCUGCUCCGAUACUCUGAGGACAACAAAGUCAGUGUCACCAUGAUCGCCGCCCUGUUUUCCAGCCUCCUCCUGCGUCCACCACCCAACCUAGUGACCAAGCAGUCGCAGCAGGACCGCCAGCGCGCCAUCAACUUCCUCUACAGCUUCUUGCUGGCUGGGGAUGAGGAGUGAGCCCUGCCUGUGCCGCCAGCCCUGCAGUGGGGCCGGGCCUCUGGGGAGGCUCCCAGCUACUCCAAGUGCCGUGUUUACAGUCGGAAGGACAUGUUCCCCUCUCAUUGCCAUCGCUGUACCCUGCGCUGCAGUGGACCUGCACACUCACUUCACUGCCAGCCAUGCCAAGAGCCUCCUGCUCUCUCCUUGGCUAGAUUUGGUGGUGCCCAAGCACUGUGCCAGUGGCCCACAGCAGUGUCAGUCAUGCUUCUCUCUCCUUUUCCCCCCCUCUCUCGAGCUGCUGCGGGGCAGGCACAGACUGUGAGUGCUGCUGGAGGGGCCGUGGCAUUCACCCUGCGUGCCGUGGCCCUGGGGUGCCUGUGCUCGUGUGCACUGACUGUACCGCAAGAGCCCUGGGCGGGUGUUGGGUAUGUUUCACCCUCUGCCCCACAGCAGACCCAGCCAGCCCUGAUGCCCCAUCACUGUGCAAUGGAAGCUGGACUGCAGCUUUCCAGAAAGAUUCUCUGGAGAUUCAGCCUCUCCGGAUCAGUGGGGUGUUGUUAUCCCCUCAUCUCCCUCCUGGGGCACAGGGCUCAGCACACAGCUCUCCCUACUGCAUUCCAAGCCUUCU